AUGGUUCUCCAGGAUCUUGGGCGGCGUAUCAACUCCGCCGUCAAUGACUUGACGAGGUCUAACAAUCUCGAUGAAAAGGCGUUCGAUGACAUGCUGAAGGAGAUCUGCGCUGCCCUUCUCUCCGCCGAUGUCAACGUCAAACUUGUACAAACUCUUCGCAAGUCCAUCAAAUCCAGUGUCAACUUUUCCAGUCUCCCAGCUGCGGUCAACAAGAAGCGCCUGAUUCAGAAGACCGUCUUCGACGAGCUUGUGGCAUUGGUCGAUCCCCAUGCGCAACCCUUUCGCCCCAAGAAGGGCCGCUCGAAUGUGAUCAUGUUUGUGGGUCUGCAGGGUGCGGGUAAGACAACGACAUGUACGAAGCUGGCUCGUCACUAUCAGACUCGUGGAUUUAAGACUGCCUUGGUGUGCGCGGACACUUUCCGUGCAGGUGCCUUCGACCAGUUAAAGCAAAACGCAACCAAGGCGAAGAUCCCAUACUAUGGUAGCUUGACACAGACCGACCCCGCCGUCGUGGCCGCCGAGGGUGUUGCCAAAUUCAAGAAGGAGCGCUUCGACAUUAUUAUCGUGGAUACUAGUGGUCGUCAUCGCCAGGAAGAGGAGCUCUUCACCGAGAUGACUCAGAUUCAGGAGGCCGUGACCCCUGACCAGACUAUUCUUGUCCUUGAUGGAACCAUCGGUCAGGCUGCGGAGUCUCAAUCUGCCGCUUUCAAGGCCACGGCCAACUUUGGUGCUAUCAUCAUCACUAAGACGGACGGCAAUGCUGCGGGAGGUGGUGCAAUUUCUGCAGUUGCUGCCACACACACUCCCAUCAUUUUCCUUGGUACUGGUGAGCACCUGAUGGAUCUCGAGCGAUUUGAACCGCGUGCGUUUGUGCAGAAGCUGCUUGGUAUGGGCGAUGUUGCCAGCCUGGUUGAACACGUGCAGGCCAUCACCAAGGACUCUAGCUCGGCCAAGGAGACCUAUAAGCACAUCGCCGAGGGUAUCUACACAAUCCGCGACUUCCGUGAAAACAUCACCUCUAUCAUGAAGAUGGGACCCUUGUCCAAGUUGUCAGGCAUGAUUCCCGGUUUAUCCAACCUCACGCAGGGCCUCGAUGAUGAGGAUGGUUCCAUGAAGCUUCGCCGCAUGAUCUACAUUUUUGACAGUAUGACUGCCAAGGAGUUGGACAGCGACGGCAAGACCUUUGUGGAACAGCCUAGCCGUAUGGUCCGCAUUGCUCAUGGCAGUGGAACGACUGUUCGUGAGGUGGAGGACCUUCUUUCCCAACACCGCAUGAUGGCUGGUAUGGCCAAGCGGGUCGGUGGACAGAAGAAGCAGAUGCAACGAGCACAGAAUAUGCUCAAGGGUGGCAACAACCAACAACAGCUUGCGGCGAUGCAGAAGCGGAUGGCUGCCAUGGGAGGCGCUGGCGGCAUGGGCGGCAUGGGCGGUAUGCCGGGCAUGGGCGAUAUGGCCAAGAUGAUGCAGAUGAUGGGCGGUGGCGGUCAAGGCGGCGGUGGUAUGCCCGGCCUUGGUGGCAUGGACUUGCAGAGUAUGAUGAGCCAAAUGGGUGGUUUGAUGGGCGGUCUUGGUGGCAUGGGAAGCGGUGGUGCCGGUGGCAGUGGUGGUGGCCGAGGUCGUGGUCGGUAG